AUUGGAAAUGAUUUUUAGUCUAGCUCCGACAGGCAAACGAUUACCGUGAAAUGUAGCGUUUAGUUUGUUUAUUUAUUUUAUUUAUUUAUUUAUUUAUUUAUUUAUUUUUUCGUAUCACGGAGCACUACCGAAAUUUGAGUUUUUAUUUUUCAAUUACGGAGUGAAUACGGUUUCCUGUAAAAUUCUACGUCGGUUAUUCCUUUCGAAGAUUUAAUUUUCUUUUCGUAUACCUAUACAAGUCGAGUCAGAAAAAUGGUCUUAGAAAUGCAGAACAACGUUAAUGAUGCCUCAAAUGUCAACUUAUUGUCGAAUACCGUUGGUUCUAGGGGCAGUUCGGUCAAGAUCACCAUUACACCAUGUCAACCGAAAACGUUGACCCAUCUGCCGAAAAGGCCCCCGGUCGAUAUUGCCUUCUCAGAUCUCAAAUACACGGUCGCAGAAGGACGCAAAGAACGACAAAAAACAAUCUUGAAGUCUGUAAGCGGUCGUUUACGUUCCGGCGAAUUGACCGCUAUUAUGGGUCCUUCCGGAGCUGGAAAAUCCACCUUGUUGAAUAUUCUUACUGGAUACAAAACCUCCGGCAUGGAAGGAUCUAUCACGAUUAACGGAUUCGAAAGAAAUUUGAGCCAUUUCAGAAAAUUAUCAUGCUAUAUCAUGCAAGAUAAUCAAUUACAUGGAAACUUGACCGUUGAAGAAGCCAUGAAAGUUGCCACAUCUCUUAAGCUUAGUUCAAAUUUGUCUAAAACACAUAAAGAAGAAGUUAUUCAAGAGAUAUUGGAAACUUUGGGGCUACAAGAUCAUAAAAAAACGCUGACUAGUAAUCUGUCUGGAGGUCAGAAAAAACGUUUAUCGAUUGCUUUGGAGCUAGUAAAUAAUCCUCCUAUUAUGUUCUUCGAUGAGCCAACUAGCGGUUUAGAUAGCUCAUCGUGUUUUCAAUGUAUCUCAUUACUGAAAUCUCUUAGCUGCGGCGGACGUACCAUUAUCUGUACGAUUCACCAGCCUAGUGCUCGUUUAUUCGAAAUGUUCGAUCAUUUAUACACCUUAGCUGAAGGGCAAUGCGUGUAUCAAGGCUCGAUCCAACAAUUGGUACCAUUUUUGGGUACUUUAGGUCUAAAAUGUCCGAGUUACCAUAAUCCAGCUUCAUUUUUAAUCGAAGUGGCGUGCGGAGAAUACGGUGAUAAUGUGAAGACAUUAGUUACUGCUAUUGGAAAUGGCAAAUACGACGUUCAAAAUGGUAAGCCAUUCCCGAACCAAGAACCUAACACAGAAGCAUUAAAUAAUCAAAAUGUCAACGACACUCCGAAAAAUGGGGAACUGAUGAAAUAUAAUAAUGACAAAGCUAAUGAAAAAGACAUCUCAAUCCUCAUCGAUUCUACAGGAAAUGGCGACACCAAAAAAGAAAACAAAGUAAACGAUAAAAUAAUCAAAAAAGAACAGAAAGAAUUUGAAAAACAACAGAAGAAAGAACAAAAACAAAAAGACAAAGCUGAUCAAUCGUUACUUAAAACACAAUCGGGUGUUAAACGAAGAUACGCUAUAUCUGAAUUUACCCAGAUGUGGAUUGUUUUGAAAAGAGCUUUACUGUUCAGUCGUCGUGACUGGACGCUUAUGUACUUACGAUUAUUUGCUCACAUUUUAGUCGGAUUUUUAAUCGGAGCUCUUUACUACGAUAUUGGUAACGAUGGUGCAAAGGUUCUCAGUAACUUAGGAUUCCUGUUUUUCAAUAUGUUAUUUUUAAUGUACACCUCCAUGACAAUUACGAUUUUAUCUUUUCCCUUGGAAAUGCCAGUCUUGGUAAAAGAACAUUUCAACAGAUGGUACUCAUUAAGAGCUUACUAUUUGGCUAUCACCAUUUCUGAUAUACCGUUCCAAACUAUAUUUUGCGUGAUGUACGCAAGUAUCGUAUAUUGGUUGACUUCUCAACCGAUGGAAAUGUUCAGAUUUGGUAUGUUCAUAUCAACUUGUUUACUUAUAUCAUUCGUCGCUCAAAGCGUUGGUUUGGUGGUUGGAGCUGCCAUGAACGUACAAAAUGGAGUGUUUUUGGCACCAGUUAUGUCUGUUCCCUUCUUACUUUUCUCUGGAUUCUUCGUCAGUUUUGAUGCAAUUCCAGUGUAUCUGCGAUGGAUAACAUAUCUCAGUUACAUUAGAUACGGUUUUGAGGGUACCGCGAUCGCUACCUACGGAUAUAAUAGAACAAAACUGAAUUGCUUCCAGGAAUAUUGCCAUUUCCGUAAUCCGACGACCACAUUGAAAGAAUUAGACAUGGUUGACGCGAAAUUCGAAUUAGACAUCAUCGCCCUGAUAAUCAUUUUCUUAGUACUGCGAAUUGCAGCUUUCAUCUUCCUCAGAUGGAAACUGAUCUCUGUACGAUGAAGAUCAACAUUAUUUUAAGAUCUCAUUCAUAACUUCACGAAGUGAUAUGUACCUAUUGUAUAUUUUUUAGUUUCUCGUUUUGGUAUUGUUUUAACCUUUGCCUUGAGGUUUAUUUAUUUAUUCAUUUUUUAAAAAUAUUUAUGUGUGUUUGUGGAAAAAUUUUUAUAUUUGUUAUGAUCGAAAACUUUUCCUACGUUUCAUGUGUGUCGUAUUAGUACACUCCAAUCAUUGCAAUGAAUUUUUACGACAAAUACAAGGAAUACUUUUAUGGUUACCGCGGAAUAAAUUUCGUUUUCUUAA